AUGGGUUUGUUUAGCAAAGACGACAAGAAACUGCCAGAAAACAGGCCACCAGCCCCUCUUCCAACAGACCAAGGUGCAUCUGGUGCUCCAUCUGAUGCACCUCCAUCUUACGACCAGCUGCAGCAGAUUCACACUGGUAACGAUGAGACGCCCCAGUAUAAUGACAACACGUACGGCCCCAGCGAUUAUCCUCCAGAGAAGCAAACAGGCCCCAAUGGAUACCCAAUUGAUAAGAAGGGAGAUGGUUUUGAACAGCCUCCUCCACAACAAGGCCAGUACUUUCAGGCUCCACCACCUCCACAGAACCAAGGAUCUGGAUGGGAGGCACCAGGGUGGGGUGGAGCUCCACAGCAGCCACAGGGCUACCAACAAGGCAAUGCUUCCAUGCCUCCUAAUGCCUACGUGAUUCCUCCAAGAACUGUCAAUAUCGCCACAGACAAUGGGCAGUACACUAGACCGGAGUACCAGCAGUAUAAGGCAAGGGAUCAACAACGGAUGGCCUAUGGCGACUUUCCAAAACCUAGAGAGGCAUUCAAGCAUGGUGCUCCAUUAGAACCAAGCAACAAGAGUCAAGGCAAGUCCUCAGGAGGAUUUCCCGGCAGCUCAGGUACUUCGUACUACAAUGCCGCAAAUAGGUAA